CCCUCCCUCGGUCCGUCCCUCCCCGGGUCCCCGCGUCGCUCGCUCGCUCGCCGGGCGAACGCUCCGCCUCCGUCAGUCGGCUCGGCUGUCGAGAGAGCGGCGUGGAGCCGGAGCCGGGGCCGGACGCGCGGCCGGGGGCUGGGGGCUGGGAGAUCGGCGCCCGCCGCCUGGCGAGGCCUGAGCCACGAUGGCCGAGAUGGGCAGCAAGGGGGUGACCGCAGGCAAGAUCGCCAGCAACGUGCAGAAGAAGCUCACGCGCGCGCAGGAGAAGGUCCUCCAGAAACUAGGGAAGGCAGACGAGACAAAGGAUGAGCAGUUUGAACAGUGUGUCCAGAAUUUCAACAAACAGCUGACCGAGGGCACUCGACUGCAGAAGGAUCUCCGGACCUACCUGGCCUCCGUCAAAGCCAUGCACGAGGCCUCCAAGAAACUGAACGAAUGUCUGCAGGAGGUGUACGAGCCCGACUGGCCUGGCAGGGAUGAAGCAAACAAGAUAGCUGAGAACAAUGACCUCCUCUGGCUGGAUUAUCACCAGAAGCUGGUGGACCAGGCACUGCUGACCAUGGACACAUACCUGGGCCAGUUCCCUGACAUCAAGUCACGCAUUGCCAAACGAGGGCGGAAAUUGGUGGACUAUGACAGCGCCCGGCACCAUUAUGAGUCCCUCCAAACCGCCAAAAAGAAGGAUGAAACCAAAAUUGCCAAGCCUGUCUCGCUGCUUGAGAAAGCCGCCCCCCAGUGGUGCCAAGGCAAACUGCAGGCUCAUCUCGUAGCUCAAACUAACCUGCUCCGAAAUCAGGCAGAGGAGGAGCUCAUCAAAGCCCAGAAGGUGUUUGAGGAGAUGAAUGUGGACCUACAGGAAGAGCUGCCGUCCCUGUGGAACAGCCGUGUAGGCUUCUAUGUCAACACGUUCCAGAGCAUUGCGGGCCUGGAGGAGAACUUCCACAAGGAGAUGAGUAAGCUCAACCAGAACCUCAACGAUGUGCUGGUUAGCCUGGAGAAGCAGCACGGGAGCAACACGUUCACAGUCAAGGCCCAGCCCAGAAAGAAAACUAAACUGCUCUCCCGGCUGCUCAGAAAGAAGAACAGUGACAACGCCCCUGCAAAAGGGGACAAGAGCCCUUCGCCUCCUCCAGAUGGCUCCCCGGCCGCCCCGGAGAUCAGAGUCAACCAUGAGCCUGAGCCGCCUAGCUCAGCAGCAGCAGGGGCCGCCCUCCCCAAGUCCCCGUCUCAGCUCCGGAAAGGGCCACCAGUCCCUCCACCUCCCAAACAUACCCCGUCCAAGGAGGUCAAGCAGGAGCAGAUCCUCAGCCUGUUUGAUGACACGUUUGUCCCUGAGAUCAGCGUGACCACCCCCUCCCAGUUUGAGGCCCCGGGGCCUUUCUCGGAGCAGGCCAGUCUGCUGGACCUGGACUUUGACCCCCUCCCGCCUGUGGCGAGCCCCGUGAAGGCGCCCACACCCUCUGGUCAGUCAAUUCCAUGGGACCUCUGGGAGCCCACAGAGAGUCCAGCUGGCAGCCUGCCUUCCGGGGAGCCCAGUGCUGCCGAGGGCACCUUUGCUGUGGCCUGGCCCAGCCACACGGCCGAGCCGGGGCCUGCCCAACCAGCAGAGGCCUCCGAGGUGGCGGGUGGGACCCGACCUGCGGCUGGAGCCCAGGAGCCCGGGGAGACAGCAGCAAGUGAAGCAGCCUCCAGCUCUCUCCCUGCCGUGGUGGUAGAGACCUUUUCAGCGACAGUGAAUGGCACCGUGGAGGGCAGCGGUGGGGCAGGACGCUUGGAUCUGCCCCCGGGGUUCAUGUUCAAGGUACAGGCCCAGCACGACUACGUGGCCACCGACACGGAUGAGCUGCAGCUCAAGGCUGGUGAUGUGGUACUGGUGAUCCCCUUCCAGAACCCUGAGGAGCAGGAUGAAGGCUGGCUCAUGGGCGUGAAGGAGAGUGACUGGAACCAGCACCUAGAGCUGGAGAAAUGUCGGGGCGUCUUCCCCGAGAACUUCACCGAGCGGGUUCAGUGAGGGCAGCAGCUGCUGCAGCCGUCUGGGCGUGUGGAGAACACCUUUUCCCAAAAAAUGUGUGUGUCUGUCUUUCUUUCUUUCUUUCUUUCUUUCUUUCUUCUCUCUCUCUCUUUUUUUUCCUGAUUUUGUUUUUGAACUUUUGAAAAGCGAAGGGAAAUCGAGAGAGAGACCUAAGCCAAGAGGUGUUCUCCCAGGGAUUAGGUUGUGUUCCAAAGAGUCUGGUGUCGGCGAGCCCAGUGGCAUCACCAGUGUUCUUGAAGCUGCCGUGUCCCCUAGUUGAGUUCCUGGCCGCCCCCAUCUCCCACCGCGCCCGCAUGUGUGCCUGGCCGUAGGGCCGGGGCCUGGGGGCCGCUGAGCCGCCUCGCUUGCCUGAAGCUUCGGGCCAAGCAGUCUGGGCAAGUGUCCUCUUUCUCCUGGCAGCUGCUGUGGGUGGGGUCGGGUCUCUCCAGAGACCUGGGGGCCCAGACAUCAGGCUGGCCUGGCCCUGCCCCGCAGACCGUCUGUGUGCUGUUUGAAAAUAAACCUUAGUGUUCAAAACGAAAUGAAACAAACUGAACAAAAACCCUCAGAAAA